AUGACCCACCCUCUUCCUCAUUGUGGCGAGGAGAAAGCGGCUUUGCGUAACGCAUCUGCAAAGAUGGUGAAGAUCUUCAUUGGGAAUCUGCCUCAGCAGGCAGAAGUAGACGAAUUAAAGUCUCUGUUUUCUCAGUAUGGAACAGUCACUGAGUGCGCCAUUAUCAAGAACUUUGCAUUCGUCCACAUGGAUGAUCGCAAAAGUGCAACUAAGGCUAUCAAAAACCUUCAUUUGUACAAGUUGCAUGGAACACCCAUAAACGUUGAAGCAAGUCGAGGCAAGAACCAGGGUCCAGUGAAGCUUCACGUUGCCAAUGUGGAGAAAGGAACCGAUGAAGAGCUCAGAGCACUGUUCGAAGAUUAUGGCACCGUUGCAGAGUGUGCCAUAAUCAAGAACUUUGCCUUUGUACACAUGAACAACUCUGAUGAGGCCAUGGAUGCCAUCAAAGGGUUAGACAACACUGAAUUCCAAGGCAAACGAAUUCAUGUGCAGAUUUCAAAGAGCCGACCAAGAGGAGAGGAGGAUGACUACGGUCACCCAGAUGGUGGAUACUGGCCACCCCGUUUCCCUGGUGAACGCCCAGAGCCCCCUGGUUAUCCUAGGGGACGUUACGGGUAUCCCCCUGGCCCCCCUCCACCACCGCCACCACCCCCGCCCAGACGCUCCCCAUACCCAGAUCGUGCUGCUCCAGCAUAUGAGCGCCAACGCGAUGUGGUCGACUAUUAUGAGAAGUACCGUGCUCGUCCUUACGGUGUCGCAUAUGAUGACCGUCGCCCAGGCGGCAUCCCCCCACCCCCUCCGCCCCCAUCUUCCGCCAUAAUGAGAGAUCGAAUGCCUGGCAAUGGCCUUGACCCCUAUGAGCGACGUCCCCUCCCACCCCCGCCAGCUCCAUUCUAUGCACGAGACCGCAGUCCCAUCAGACGCGCUCCUCCUGCCCCUCCAGCACCUGCAGGAAAUGGUUACUCAUACGAGCGUUCUCGUCUCUCCCCUCUCUCCAUGUCUCGGACCCCGAUGUACAGCGUGGCACGGGUCAGAGACCCCUAUGCUGACAGGGUGGCGCCUCCUCCACCACCUGCGCGCUACUCGUAUUAAAGUGCACACCUGUGCUUUUGUAACCCAAGGUGUAAAUUAUUCAACAAGAUCGCCGUCGUCGUCGUUGUCUCCAGGUGCACGUGCCGCGAUACGUCUUUGUCUGCCAGAGCGCGUUGCGUUCGCCUGCGCACCAUAGUGGAAGAGUUCUGUUGCGGACUGCACAUUCUAUAAAACAACCGCUUUUACACGCAUAAAAUCGUCCACUUGCUAAAUUGUCAAUUCUGCUAUUUUUUUGCCUUUGUUUUUAUUGUUUAACUUUUAUAGGUGAGUGCAGCACUAAGCCAGAUUACGUAAAUUAGGUUAAUUUGUUGGUUUAAAGAAUAAAACCAUUUGAGGGUAAGGAUAAGAAUUUCUUCAAAGAACACAUGUAUCACACUGUUUCUUAUCUUUAAAAUCUGGAAUGAGUUUCUCUUUUGUUAUCAAUCUACUGUAAUAUACGCUAUAACAGACUUUUUUUGAUUCAGAACUAAAAAUACAUUUGUGUAAAGCUUUUAUUUUUUUUAUUUUUUCUCCUUUUCCUCCAAUACAUUUGUUAGUGCGGCAUGCAAGUAAGAAUACAAUCUCCGCAGCAAUAAAACAUUUUUCGUUUACUGGCUUAUUGAAGUUGUGCUGUAAGUGUGUAUUUUAAUUGCAGAAUAUCGCAGUUCAAACACUUUGUAUCCUUUUCUUUCAUAGGAACAGUUGAAAGUUUUAAUAAAAAGACUGGAACAUG